AUGUAAACUAAAAAAUAACCAAAGCAACCCUAGAAGAAGCCAGAAGAAUAAAAGACUGCCCCUCAAAGAGACUAUUCGCAGAUAAAAUUAUUUGAUAUUGCUGCAAAUCUCUCAGAUGAUAGGUACAAGGGUGUUUACUAUGGAACAAAACUGCAUGAGCCUGACUUUGAUCUAGUGAUCAAGAGAGCUAAUGAUUAUGGAGUGAGGAAGUUUCUGUUCGCAGCAGGGUAUAUUGAAGAUGCGAAAGACUCUUACAAUCUCUCGCUUAAAAGUGAAGACUUUUAUUGUACAAUAGGGGUUCACCCAUGUAGAGCAGCUGAACCUUUCAAAGAUUCAAAUGAAAAGUAAUCUUCAAACGACGAGGAAACAUCUACUUCAAUUCAUAACAAUUCAAAUUCAAAUGAUGAAUCUCACGAAGAAGAGGAGCGCAAGGGCUCAGACCCCUUACGACUGGAGAAGCUUGAUUUAUACAUGAAGAAAAUCGACGAGAUUUUGAGUUCAAGUGAGCGAAAAGAUAAAUAUUUAGCAAUUGGUGAAUGUGGGCUUGACUAUGAUAGAUUUGAAUAUGCUGAUAAAGACACUCAAAUGCUGGUGUUUCCUCCCCAUUUUGAUCUUGCUCAGAAGCACAAUUUACCAAUGUAUUUGCAUUCUCGUUCUACUUAGGGCGACUUUUCAUAAAUCGUUAAAGAAAAUAGACACAAGUUUCCAACAGGUGUUGUUCAUUCAUAUACAGGUGACUUGCAAGAGCUAAAAGAACUCAUAGAGAUGGAUUUAUACAUUGGCAUCAAUGGUUGCUCUCUAAAGACAGAGGAGAAUUUGGAGGUUGUAAGGCAGAUUCCUUUGGACAAGAUAAUGCUAGAAACAGAUUGCCCAUAUUGUGACAUUAGAAAUUCUCACGCCAGCGCCAAGUAUCUCAAGACCACUUUCUAAAAAGUGACUAAAGACAAGUACAAAUGCGGCGAAAAAAUGAAUAAAGAUAGAAAUGAGCCUUGCAGCAUGAUCCAGGUCGCUGAAGUUGUCUCUUAGCUGCUCGGCAUCAGCGAGGAAGAGUUGAUGCAUCAUGCCUGGUAGAAUACAUUGAAAAUGUUUAAUUUGAAAGAAUGA